CCCCAAAGAUACUGAAAAGCGGAUCGCGAACUCACUGCUGAUCCAGCAAACUGGACGAUGGACGAUCGAGAUGGCAGCCAUCAUGCUCUGGUCCAGUUGCCGUCGUACACUUCAUGAGAGAAUCUGUGUAUUAUAGGUGCUUCCUUUCUGUGAACAACAUCAACAAUAACAAUGUUGGCAAAUAUUGUUAUUCAAGAACUCUGCAGCGUGGGGUCAAUCCCUUCAUUUCGCAAACAAUCCAUCACUACAAGCAAGCUCAUCAAAGUAGCUUUGAUAUCCAGAACAUGCGUCAUUCUGGCUAUGGCAGCAUCUUGUUGGCUCUUUCCAAAUCACAAUCCUGGGGAUGACGUCUUUCGAUUUUCUCUGCGAUUUCCUUCCCUGCACAACAACGACAACAAUACUUGUUUCUGUUUGAAGGGACAGGCAUGUGAUCCCCACUGGAAACAACAACACAACAACACCACCAUUCAAACAAAUCAUGCAUGUGUAGACAGUUCCUUAUUGCAAGGGAAAACAACAACUUCUGCCUACACUGCUAUUGUCUACGAGUUCCUGCUGACGCCCAUGACCCGGUGGGAUUCCGCUCGAUUCCUCGAUCUGGCUACCUAUCCGGCACGACGAGAUCCGCAUCGGUACUUGAAAAAGAUCUUUCCACAAUGCAUCGAUGAUAAUCCACCCAAUGAUACCGCUGUUGAUGAAGCUUGUAGGGAGCUAUUUCUACCCACGGAACAAGCUCAUGCCUUUUUUCCACUCUUGCCACUGGUGAUUCGAACCAUUGCCAAGGCACUGUUACGGAUCAUGCCAACAAUACUAUUGCCGCCAACCUUUGAAGGAGUCGUCACGUUGGCAGCACUUAUAUGGAAUCUACUGUGUUUCAUCGGAGCCUCGUUGGCACUCUACGACCUCACGUGGAACCUCACACAGCAGCAUCUCAAGACAUUCAUACCGGAUACACCCGAACAGAAACUGGCACCCAACUAUUGUCAACAACUGGCGUAUCAAGUCUUCUUGAUCUUUUGUAUCAAUCCAGCCAGUGUCUUUUUUGUCGCUGCCUACUCGGAAUCCACAUUUGCACUCUGCAACUUUGGUGGGCAUGCCUUGUUUUUUCGACUUCUCCGUCGCAUGAUGAUGCAGCAGGUAUUACAGCAACCCACCGCCUCGGCAAUUCGCUUGACGACCCUGGCACUGUGGAUGGCGGCAUCCUAUACACGAUCCAAUGGAACUCUCAAUUCGUGUUGGCUGAUUCUGUUGGGACUGGGUCUGGUUUGUCAUCACUACUGGGCAAAUGCUAGUAAUCGCCGUGGCAAGGCUAUCACGGGGUUGGUGGUGUGUGUCUUUUUGGGUUUUGUGGUGGCGCUUCCUGUAUAUUGGCAUGACAGUGCAGGGUAUCAGCGUCAUUGCAAUAUCGCUACGGAUGGUGAGGAAGAUGCUUGGCUAGUGCCCCAGUGGUGCCACCACAAUAAUGAGGACAACAAGAGAUUCUCGCUCUAUGGGCACAUACAACGGCAGCAUUGGAAUGUGGGGCUGUUUCGAUACUACACGUGGAAAAAGAUUCCAAACUUUCUCUUGGCAGGUCCCAUCUUACUCUUGGGCAUUUCAGCAGUUAUCGAUUGGAUUCAGAGUAGCUACUGUCGGUUCUUGCUCAAACAAGCACAACCAACCUCGGGGAAGAGCACGGUUGCGAGUAUCAUUGGCUGGGCAAUAUCUUCCCUUGGAGCUUCGGUUGCAUUCCAGAAUGGAAAAACGCAACACAGUGAUACGUCACCACAACAGACACAACCAAGUGCUUCUAAUAUGUUGCAGCAAUUGCUGAUGGGCCCAAUCAUGUUGGGCCACUAUGCUGUGUUGGCUUCUGUUUGCACCGUGGGGUUGACGGUAGCACACGUGGAAAUUACAACACGAAUGAUUUGUUCAACCUGUCCGGCAAUCUACUGGUACAUGACGUUCUGCUGUUGCUCUCACAAGGAAGAAAUGGGAAGCGAUGAUGCCAGCCGUCUCCUGGCAAGAAGAAUACCACUUCUGGGCAGACCAUUGGUGUUCUUGUAUUGCUUGCUAUAUAUCUUGGCAGGAGUUGUGAUGCAUCCAAAUUGGUUGCCCUGGACUUAGACUAAAACUGGAAAUGGGGUGCUGAUCUGACCAACAAUAAACUGCGUUCUAAUAGCACUAGUGCUGACAACUUGUAAUGCAAAUCAAUGGUUGCUGGCUGGCCAUUUUGUACAUCAAUUGCUUCCAGCUACCAGCUACUAAUAGUGCGGUUUCGG